AUGAAUCCUCCUGGGUUUCAUGGUGGAUUAAAUCCUGUGGAGGCUUAUGGGGGGACACCCAACAUGGAAAGAGUGUUCCCAACCCGUGUAGGGGUGCAAAGACAAUGUAGUGUGACUGAGAAUAAUUUGAGAAGGGUUCAAGAAGAAGUUGAUCAGUAUGGAUUUGGCCAGAUGAACCAGGGAGGACCAAGUCAUCAGUUUAGGCCUAGACCUCGACCCUUCAAAAGAAGGCAGGUGCAACCUGCAAAACCUAACCAUCCUCUAAAAUGUCAAGUAUGUAGGAAGUCUCAUUCUGGAAGAUGUGCUAGAAGUGGAAUUAGGUGUUUUACUUGUCAGAGGGAGGGACGCAUGUCUAGGGAAUGUCCUCAGAAUAAGGUCCGGAUGCAGGGAAAGAGUACCGAUCAGGUUUAUAUGUUGGGCGCAAAGGAGGCUAAGAGCAACAAUGCCUUAAUUGUUGGUACGUGUCUCGUCAAUAAUCAUCCUUGUUUUAUAUUGUUUGAUUGUGGGGAGACACACUCUUUUGUAUCAAUUCAUUACUUGAAGCAUCUUGGCUUGCAAGAAAUUCCAUUGUCUCCUCCUAUGGUGGUUACUACCUCCAUGGGUGAUGUAGUUGAGACACCAUUGAUUUGUGAAAAUCGUUUGCCCUCGGUGAAUGGUAGAAUUUUCCAGAUUGAUCUUAUUUGUUUACCACUUAAGAAGGUUGAUGUGGUUUUGGGGAUGGAUUGGAUUUCCGCCAAUUCGGUUUUUAUUGGAUGUGAAGAGAAGUUGAUUAUCAUUCCAUCUAGUGGAGCUGCUCCAAAAGAUGUGAUAACCACUAUCUUGAAAGGUAUGGUUGGCAUGGUUAAUUUCUUAGUUGAGAAUGAAAAGUCAGUUCUCUUGGUUCUUACCAAGGAAUCUAGCGAUAAUCUGAGUGUUACCCAAAUCCUUGUUGUUUGUGAAUUUCCGGAAGUUUUUUCCCGAGGAUCUCACCUCUCUUCCUCCUAA